AUAACCCUACAUUAACCUAUAAUUUCGUAUUUAGUAAAAGUGAAUGUUGACUGUAAAUACCAGAAUAAUUGGUUUUUUUCACGUAUAUACUAAAAAAUAAAUUUGAUAUAAUUGCAAGAAUGCCAGCGAAAAGGGGUAAUACAUUAAUAUACAAAGGAAGCAAUUACUUGAGGCAAAGAUUAAUUCUUUCAGUCUUAAGUGGUAGGCCUGUUCAAAUAACUGAUAUACGGAUCCAAGAUGAAGAACCAGGUUUAAAAGAAUUCGAAGUCAAUUUAAUAAGACUAUUAGAUAAAGUAACAAAUGGUACAAUAAUUGAAUUAAAUGAAACAGGAACAUCAUUAUAUUUUCAACCAGGUCUAUUGUAUGGUGGUGCUAUUGAACAUGAUUGUUGUACAGAAAGAGGCAUAGGGUACUAUUUGGAAGCUCUAGUUAUGUUUGGCAUAUUUUGUAAACAGCCAUUAAAUGUCAAAUUAAAAGGGGUAACUUCCAAUAAUAUUGACCCCUCGGUUGAUCUAAUAAAAACGUCUUUACUUCAAACAUUAAAAAAAUUUGUAUUAGACGAUGAUGAUUUGGAAUUAAAAAUUUGUAAAAGAGGUAUGAGACCAUUAGGAGGAGGUGAAGUGAUAUUCAGAUGUCCAGUAAGGAAACAGACAAGACCGGUACAGUUAUAUAAAAGUGGAAUGGUGAAAAGAAUUAGAGGAACAGCUUAUGCUUUAAAAGUAUCUCCGGCUAUGGCAAAUAGAAUAGUAGAAAAGGCUAAGGGAGUACUGUUGAAUUUUAUUCCUGAUGUUUACAUUAGUGUGGAUCAAUGCAAUGGGAAACAAGCUGGAAAUAGUCCAGGAUUUGGAAUUCACUUAUUGGCUGAAACUAAUGAAGGGACAUUUUAUUCAGCAGAACAGGUGUCAAAUGUUGUAGCAAAUGGUGAGGAACCUUCUAUACCAGAAGAUCUAGGAAUUGCUGCUGCUCAAAGGCUAUUAUACGAAAUAUAUCUUGGUGGAGUAGUGGACUCGACAUCUCAAUCACUGGCAAUUUUAUGUAUGGCUUUAGGUGAUAAAGAUGUUUCAAAAUUAGUCACAGGUCCUCUAUCAGAUUAUUCAAUAUGGUUUUUAAGACAUUUGAGAGAUUUUCUUGGUGUUACCUUCAAAUUAGAACCUUUCGUAGAAGAUGAAGAGUAUAGUAAAAAUGGUUCAUCUUCAAAAGUUUUAUUAACUAGUAUAGGAAUUGGAUAUACCAAUAUAAGUAAAAGAACUCUUUAAUUUUGAUAAUUGAUUUUUUAAUUAUAUCACCUUCAUGUCAUAAAGUUAGCUCCAAAUUUUGUUUUUAGCUUCUGAGCAAUAUUUAAUUCCUUCAAAAUAAUACAAAAGGUCUUUUUUAUAUAUAUACUCAUUAUAUAACUUUUCCACCUACCCCAUAGGUUACUCCUCUAACUUUUUUCAAAUACAUUUUUUAAUUAUAUACAGGGAAGAAAUUUGUUCAUUCUAUGAGAAAAAAAAUCUACUACAGCCCCUUUUAGAUUUUUAAAUUUGGUAAUUCCCUAAUGAAGUACAUAAUUGAUGUUAGAAACAGGAUCCAAUAAAAAAAUAUCAACAGGUUAUUUUUUGUUAAAUCAGUUAAUAUCACCAAUUUUCAUUGCUGUAGGUGUUUUCAUAAUUUUACAUAAACGCAUAUUCCAUUUUCAUAAAAUAAAAUUAGUGCUCAAAUUCAACAUUAAAAAGAUUCCAACUGAUAUGUACAGUUUUGUGUAUUGAUGAGUGAAUGAACAUAUUGUAAUCUAUUUCCUUCCCCGAUUAAUAUUUGUUUGGUCUAAAUGGUACAGAAAACAAUGAGGAAUGUAGAUACUGGAAGAAAAUACUCGGAUACCAAAUAAUUAAAGUCUCCUGUAGCAUUCAUUUGAAAAUAUGGGUUAAAACAAUCUUCUAUUGUCAAAUGUGAUGCUUUGGAUAGUUUGGGAUCAUUAUUGAUGGUUCAUAUAGUACCAAUUCCUUUGAACUAUGCUCUAAUGUAUCUUUAUCUUCCAUUUUUUUCAACCAUAUAUCUUUUAGUUGUCUUGAGGGUUGUUACAAGAACUAAAUCUGUAUAUAUUGUUUAGAUAUUAAAUAAUUCUGAGUUACUUUUACUAAUUAAGUAUUCCCAUGGUAUGAAAUUACUCCGCAUUCUUUUCUUGGUGGAUUUUCAGUAGGAAACAAGCACGUCAAUAGUUACAUUCUUUCGGGCAGUGUGUUCUUGAAAAUUUUUGGUUGACUAUCAUCUUUCGUGACAUAAGAAAUUUUAUCUUUUGAGUUACACAUCUUAGAUUACCACACUAUUUCUUCAACAUUUUCAGGCCUGAUACUAAACUCUACUUCAUUACGUAGUGACAAUGUUUUCUUUGUGUGGAUUUUUAAAAAUGUAUAUUCCAAUCACCUUAUUUUUGUUUCACAAACAACAAAAAACAACCAAAAUCUAGAAAACAAAGUUUCACUAUAUUUCCACUUUCUCCGCUUAAUGUUAAAAGUUGUUUCUCAAAAUGCACUAAUCACUAUCUUCAACCAAUAAGUUCACCAAAAGCUGUAUAUUCUUUUAAAGUUUUUAUUAUCGAUUUUAUUUAUUAAAAAAGAGUUAUUUCACUUCUUCACUCACAAAUGUUCUCACUACCUGGUUAUAUCUUGUUAAAAUUCACAUUAUACUCAACAUUUAUUAGUUUUUAAAACAGUAGCUAUUUCACAUUUUACCACACUAUAUUGGUGAAUAAAAAAAUCAACUUAAUAUAUACAAGGUGAACCUGAAAUAAAAUAUAUGCUUCCAGUUGUAAUUUUUAA